CCGGAGAGAGGCCGGGAAGGGCAGCGGCAGCGGUGGGAGCAGCAGCGAUGGGCUCGGCCCGGGGUGGGGUGCGCGGCGGGCAGGAUCAGUUCACCUGGGAGGAGGUGAAGGCCGACAAACACCGGGAGAACUACCUGGGAAACUCGCUGAUGGCACCGGUCGGCCGGUGGCAGAAAGGGCGGGACCUCACCUGGUACGCCAAGGGGAAGCAGACGGAGGCGGCGCAAUCCCGGGCGGAGGAGCUGACGGCCGUUCGAAAAGCUGAACAAGAAGCCCUCAUGGCAGCGCUAGGGUACAAGAAUCCCAAAAGGAAGCCCACUGGUGUAACCAAAGAGGAGCUGGCCGAGGUGUGCAAGCGUGAGGGUGUGGACCCAGAUAGCAAAGACGUUGACCGGGUGCUUGGCCUCGGCAGUUCACGUGGCACGAGUUCCAGGAUGACUCUAACCAAGGAAGACCGAGAAGCAGCCAAACUUGGACUGGCCAUCUUCACGCACCAUAAAUGCAGUGAGGAGGAGGAGUCAGCGAGUCAAAAGCGGAAACCAGAGAAGGAGAGUGCAGAACCGGAGACCGAGAGGUCAGUGAGUCAUAAGCGACACAAGAAAGAGAAAAAACACAAAAGGGAAAAGAAGGAGAAGAAGAAGAAGAAGCACAAGAGCCAAGAAAAAUCAUGUCCAAAGACGAAGCAUCGAGACAGAAAGCAUCACCGUUCAGAGCAAGAAGUAGAUGAACAGCGCAGAUAACAUAUUCAUUCCACAGCAGUAGAACCUCCCUAUGCUCAUUGUAUCCAUGGGCUGGACUUAGCAGCAAGGGUUGCUUCAAUGGGCAGAAUGAUCUCCCGAGAAUCAGUAACUUGAAUAGUUAUGUACUGAAGCAAAUGUAUUUCGCAGCUAUGCGUACCUAUCAAUUUAGAAUUUAGCCAUGUGAAUUUUGUUAACGCCUUUUAAUCUAAGAGACUAGCGACAGGUUAAAAUAAAUCUAUCCCCUGAACUAGCAGCAGUCCCACUGUUCCUGCCUUUAAAUGCAGGGAUUGCAGUUACUUAUAGAGAUUUUUUGGCCCAAGAUGUAAAAAUGUUUAUUGUUUUAUUAAAUAAAAUGCUGUUCAAAUAA